AGAUGUAGAUGACAGUGAAGAAACCUUUAACUAAUCAUAUUUCCGUGCUUUCAUUGGUACUUACAGAAUUCAUCGUCAAACAAAAUAGAACUUAGAGGUUUUGAAGGAAGGUUCUUGAAUGAAUAUUUUGUAAUAACAUGCGAUGGACAUGUGCUGUCGACGUUUAGAAUGAUCUUUGAGCAUCCGGAAGACUCAGAAAAAUGUCCCGUGUUACUGGUCCACGGUUUGUUUCAGUCUUCUGACACAUUUUUCGAACAAGAUAAAGAUCAGUCUUUAGCAUUAAAACUUCAAAAUUUGGGAUACGACGUAUGGCUGGCUAAUACACGUGCUAGCAAAUACAAUCAAGUACACCUGCUUUACGAACCAGAAAUAAAUGUAUUUGAUGUGAACCGUUAUUUUAGCUAUAGUUACGAGGAAAUGGGCACUCUCGAUAUCGCAGCUACUGUGGAUUUUAUUCUGAGAGUAACUACACAUAAGAAGUUGAUUUACAUUGGCCAUUCGCUAGGUGGUACAUCCUUUUUGGCACUAAAUUCUUUAAAACCAGAUUAUAAUAGUAAAUUUGCAACGGCUUAUUUAUUUGCUCCACUUGGAUACCAUAGAUAUUUUCCUAAUAACAUACUUAAAGCAGAGGCAAAACGAUCAGAUGAUAUAUUUAAAGCAACUGUUGAAGAAGGAAUUCGCGAAAUAUUUCCAUAUAAGGCUGAUGACGCACGGUUCUCGCCAGAAGAUUGCCUCGGCAACAAGAGUUACAGCAAUAUUUGCAAUCAAUUAGACAUACAGAAAGUCAUGGGGUUAAAACCUGUCAACAACAAUGUAGAUGAGACAAGGGGUGGUUCUCUCGGACCACUGUUUCAUUUGGCUCAAAACGUCAAAUCAGGAACCUUUAGUCGAUGGGACGGCGGAGAGUUUAACAAUUUCAAAAGAUACAGAAACUCGACACCUCCCAAUUAUGAUUUAGGUCUUGUCACUGUCCCAACUAAAAUAAUCUAUGCGCCUAAUGAUGAAUUUGUCAGUCCCGAAGACAUCACUAAUAUGGCUAGUGACAUGGCUAAUGCUCAGGCCAUUCAAGUAAAAACAAUUAGUUUUAAACACGAAGAUUUCAUUAUGGGUCCCGAUGCCAUGGAGAAUGUAUAUGCCGGCAUUAUUAAUGAAUUGGAGAGGAGUCCGAAUCUUUGUAAGGAGGAUCACUCAUCAUUGUUAUCAAAUUUACUUGGAAUUUUAAUGGAAUACAAGUGGAUAUGGAUUUCUAUCCUAUUAAUCAUUUUAGCCAUUGUUGUCGUAUGUCUUUGCGCGUGUAAUAAAAAAGAACAUAAAAGAUACCACUGUAGAGUGCAUCUAAGGAAUGCAUUAUGAAGA